AUGGUUGUGUUAGAUCUUCCCGUGCCUUCAGUAUCGUUGCCCGAGGCUCCCAAGCCAGAGCCUACCCCUGCUGAGCCAGAGAACAAUACCCAUGAUGCCACCCCGCAGCAGCCACACCCCCAAGAGCCCCCCGUUCCACAAGCUUCUACACCGGCUAGGUCGCGUGCUACAACACGGAAGCCUUCAUUUGGCGAUCCGGAGGCAGACCCAUGGGGGAGCCCAGAUCUACACCGCGGUCACAAUCAUCCAGCAUACACUGCAGGACGCACUCAAAGCAACGGUAGCAACAUGCCUAGCACGACAAGAACCACGAGCCAAUUUACUACUAGCACUGCCACUCUAGUCGGGAACCGCCCCACUGACCAAACCUAUCCCCGUCCCAGCUCCUACGGCAGCGAGGGCGGCUGGGGAGGGUACAAUGGAAAUUCAAACCCGGGCUUUUCGGCUCCUGCUCCAGAAAGAGAUGGAUUCGGCCAGCCCUCGCCAUCGGGCAGAGAAAGUGGGGCGGAUCCUAUGAGCGGCAUAGGCAGGUCUUUGGGCGGGGGGCGUACCGCAGGGACGGGUCCCGAAGAGAAUAUAACGAUCACAACAAUUGCCGAGAAAGAGGGCGUUUUUCUUUUCCAACACCGGAAUUACGAGGUCGCCAGCACGCGGCGAAAUAGCAAAGUUGUCCGCCGGUACAGCGACUUUGUUUGGCUUUUGGACUGCCUACACAAGCGAUAUCCGUUCCGUCAGCUCCCUCUACUACCCCCCAAGAGAGUCGCAAUCAAUGGCAACUAUAUAGCUACCGACGCGAGUUUUGUUGAAAAGAGAAGGAGAGGCCUAGCACGAUUCUCCAACGCGCUGGUCAGACAUCCUGUGCUGGGCCAGGAACAGCUAGUCAUUAUGUUUUUGACCGUGCCCACGGAGCUUGCUGUAUGGCGCAAACAGGCGAAUCUUUCUGUCCAAGAGGAAUUCACUGGAAAGUCAUUACCACCUGAUCUAGAGGAUUCCCUUCCCAAGACCUUGCCAGAUCUUUUCGACACGGUCCGCUCAGGUAUCCGUCGUUCCGCAGAGACGUACAUCAACAUCUGCAAUAUGAUGGAACGAUUGAGCAAACGAAAUGAAGGGAUGGCGGCCGAGUACUCUCGCUUUGCGAGCGCUUUACAAGUUCUGACGGAGUCGUCCAAGGAUACUUAUGCGGUUGAAACAAACGAUGUGCCACUUUUGAAUGAAGGGCUAAAGUCUACCGCCAAACAUCUCGACCAAUCUAGGGCGUUGCUAGAGGAUGAAGCAAGGGGUUGGGAAGGGGGUGUUCUUGAAGACCUGAAGAGGCAACGGGACACGCUGGUCAGCAUGAGAGACAUGUUCGACCGGAGAGAGAAAUACGCGAAAGACAAUAUCCCGUACCUGGAGCAGAGGAUAUCAAAGAACGAACAAAAAUUGCAGGGCAUUCGGAGCAAAGCGCCUGAAAUGAUUAAGCCCGGGGAGGCAGAAAAGGUCGAGGAAGCUAUUUUCAGGGACAAGGAAAGCAUCGUGCAGCAGCACGCGCGGGGCGUUUUUAUCAAAGAGUGCAUUCGCGACGAACUUCUUUUCUUCCAACAUAGUCAGUACCACAUCAGUCGGUUGCACCAGGACUGGAGCCAGGAACGCGUCAAGUACGCGGAGCUGCAGGCGGAGAACUGGAGAGCACUGAGCGAGGAGGUGGAGGGAAUGCCUUUGGGCGAUUAA